AUGGAUAUCAAAUAAGAGUAGCAUUUGUAGGAUAUAAAGAGAUAUGUGAUAAGGAGGAUUAGAUAGUUUAUUGGAGUUUUACUAAAAAAAUUGAUGAACUUAAGAGCUUUAUAAAGGGAUGAGAAGCUAAAGAAGGUGGAAAUUAUGCUAUUAUAGAGAGGUUUUUAUUAAAAUUCCAAAAUAAUAUUUUGAUAAUCAAAGAUAUUAACUAAAGAAGAGAUUUCCAAUAACGAAGAAUUAGUAGAUUCUUGUUAUGCUUGCUAAAUAGCAUAUUUCUUUAAUUAAAGAUUAAAAGAAAAUAAUCUAUUAAAGGAGAUGUAACCUCUCUUUUAUGCUCAUUUAAUUUUUUAUACACUUUAAAAACCAUUUUAUGGAAUGAAUAAAGUUUAUGGCUUAACUUACAUAUAAAUCUAAUAAUAUAAAUGUUAAAAGUUCUCUAACAAUUGUAAAUAUAUUGAUCCUGAAAAAUAUUAUUAUUCAUCAUUUCGCCAUUUUUCAUUUGAAGUUAGUAAAGAAAAUUUAGUCAUUAUGGAUUUAUAUUUAGCUCAUAAUAUAUUUUCUGAUCUUUCAAUCUAAACUGAAGAAUCUUGGAAAAAGAUCAUACCAAUAGACUUAAUUUAGGAAUCUCAGAUUUUAAAAUUGCCUAGCAUAAAGAAUGCAGUUACUUCUGUGAAAAAUUACAGCUCGAUUAAUUAGAAGUCAAAGAUUAAUUAAAUCGUAUAUCCUCCAGAUUAAAUAAAAAUAUUUAUGGAUAUGUUAUGA